AUAUAUGAGAAAUCAAUUUUAGAAAGAGAAAAAAACCGAGAGACUGAUAAAAAGGGGAUUUAGGGUUAGGGUUUUGGAAGCUGUUCACUUAAUUGGCUCACUGCAAUGGAGGAGAUUACUGAGGGUGUGAACAACAUCAUCAUCGCAGAUUCACACAAGAAGAACCGAAUUCAGGUCUCGAAUACCAAAAAGCCCCUCUUCUUCUAUGUUAAUCUUGCCAAGAGGUAUAUGCAACAGUAUAAUGAGGUGGAACUCUCUGCUUUAGGAAUGGCUAUUGCCACUGUUGUUACAAUUGCAGAAAUUCUGAAAAACAAUGGGCUGGCCGUUGAGAAAAAAAUCAUGACGUCGACUGUUGACAUAAAGGAUGAUUCUAGAGGGAGACCAGUCCAGAAAGCCAAGAUUGAGAUUAUGCUUGGGAAGUCGGAAAACUUUGAUGAUUUGAUGGCCGCUGCAGCUGAGGAGAGGGAAAUUGCAGGUGCUGAGGAUCUAAGCUGAAAGAAAUUCCUUGUUUGAGGUUCCUAGAGUGUGUUUAGCUUGAAUUAUGUACCCUAAACUUGAUUAUGGUAAUAAAUUUUUUGCGAAAUAUAUUAUCCAAGAAUAGAAUAUGUUAUGGGAAAGGCAUUUAUUGUAUGCUUAUAACUUUUGUCUUCCGUUUUAUCUUAGGAGUGGGUGGGGUGUGGGGCUAUCUGUUUCGUGAAAAAGAUGGGACAUGCUAAGUGUAAUUGACCCUGAAGUUAUUUAAAAGUUUAGAUUAAUUUCC